AAGUCUAUUUCCUGGAAAAAUCAUCGUGUUCUUAAGUAUAAAAACUACUUUACUAAUAAGACUGGAAACAAAUAAUUAACAAGAAAGAAAAAAUAAAAAACCAGAAUGGAGAAGAAAAAAGGGAUGAAAAACAUAUUCAAGAAAUUACAUAUAGGCAGCAAUCACGAUCCAAAUCGAUCAUCAUCAACAAAUGAUUCUUCAACAACAGCAGCAAGUGUCAGUAGUCAAACAACAUCAACGACGUCAUCAUCGCCUGCUGUUCAACCAUCAGCGCCAACGCCACGUCAGCAACAGGAUUAUUAUUCUUCAGAAGAAGAGUAUCAGGUGCAGCUAGCGUUAGCGUUAAGCGUAUCGAAUUCGGGCGAUUCCGAUACUGAUCAGAUCCAUGCUGCCAAAUUGUUGAGUUUAUCUCAACCUAGUAAUAAUAUCAGUAAUCAUGCUGGUGCUGGUGCUGGUGCUUUUGUUGAUACAAUAACUGAUUCUGCUGAUAAGCUGUCUCGCCAGUAUUGGGAUUAUGGUCUCCUUGAUUAUGAGGAGAAAGUAGUGGAUGGUUUUUACGAUGUAUAUGGGCAUUCAACAGACAUGUCAUCCCAAAGGAAAAUGCCCUCUUUGUCAGAUCUAGAAACUGAUCCUGGGAAUUCAGGUUUUGAAGUUGUUAUAGUUAACAGAACGAUUGAUCCUGCCCUAGAAGAGCUGUUGCAGGUAGCCCAUUGUAUUGCAUUAGACUGUCCUCCUGCUGAGGUCAAUCUUUUAGUUCAGAGGCUUGCUGAACUUGUGACAGAGCAUAUGGGUGGGUCAGUACGGGAUGCUAAUAUCAUUUUGGCACGAUGGAUAGAAAGAAGCACAGAGCUGAGGACAUCUCUCCAUACUAUUAUAUACCCUAUUGGAUCCUUGAGAGUAGGGCUGUCACGUCAUCGUGCUUUGCUCUUUAAGGUACUUGCUGAAAGUGUUGGGAUAUCUUGUAGGCUAGUUAAGGGUAGUCACUAUACUGGUGUUGAGGAUGAUGCAGUCAACAUCAUCAAGUUGGAUAAUGAAAGCGAAUUUCUGGUCGAUCUGAUGGCAGCCCCUGGAACACUUAUACCUGCGGAUGUUUUCAGUGCAAAGGAUUCUUCCUUGAAAUCAUACAUUCCAAAAUCCAGCAAACAUCCAGAUGUGCAGUCAACAUAUGAUUUUGGAUUUUCUUCAAGACCUGUUUCUAACAAUACCAAUGGUAGCAGUAGCCAAAAUGUUGAACCUUUGAUAUCAAUGUCAAACCCCAGUGACACUGGUAUUAGUUCAUCUCAAACAGAGAAAAGAGUGUUGCCUUCUAGUCAGUUGGAUCAUAUGCCAUCAUCAGCAAUUGGCAGUUCGCUUUAUAAAGGGGGUCGGGGGCCAAAUGCAGCUGGUGGUGGAUCAAGGAUGAAUGUUAACAUAGUCCCAUAUACACAGACCAACACGGAAGAUAGUAAAAAUCUUUUCACAGAGCUCAAUCCGUUCCAGAUUAAAGGAUCUGGUAAGGGUUUGAUGCAGAACAGUCCUGCUGAAAAUAAAAAUAAGGAGCAUUGGAGGGCAAAAAAUAACCAAGUGUCAGGCCGACCUCCUGUCCCCUUGAUAUGGAAUAAUCGUCAUGCUAUUAAUGAGGUGCCUGGGAAAAAGGAACAUAAUUAUCUAAACCAUCGUGAUACUAAUGAUUUUACAAUGCCAGCUUCUACAAGCUCUGCAGCUCCAGGAAGAAGACAUUCUGAUACAGCUCCAGGAAGAAGACAUUCUGAUAAUUUGCAGUCACAUGAUAACAAUGGUGCAACUUCAAAAGAAAAUAAUGAGAGUGUUUCUUCAAAUGCAGCUGAGUCUGAAGCUGCAUGGGCUGAGUGGAAACAUUAUAGAUUGUCUUUAGAGGUGGUGGGUACUAAUAGCAAUGCUUUCCCAAGGAAUAACAGGUUAGACCAGGAAAAAGUCUAUGAAAAUAGUGCGGUCAGUGAGCAAGAUGUUCGUAAAACCUCAGAAUAUCAGGUCAAUUCAAGCAACCCAAAGGUGACGGCACCAGAAAGCUCAACGUCAUCAGUUUUUUCUUUUGCGCCUCAGAGUGAUCCGGUAAUCGAUGAUGUUGGAGAUUGUGAAAUUCCAUGGGAAGAUCUGGUAAUUGGCGAAAGAAUUGGACUAGGUUCAUACGGUGAAGUUUAUCAUGCUGAUUGGAACGGCACUGAAGUCGCAGUAAAGAAGUUCCUUGAUCAGGAUUUUUCAGGUGCUGCUUUAGCAGAGUUCAAGAGAGAAGUGCGCAUUAUGCAGCGAUUACGCCAUCCAAAUGUCGUGCUUUUUAUGGGUGCUGUUACUCGCCCUCCAAACCUUUCAAUUAUCACGGAGUUUCUCCCCAGAGGAAGCUUAUACCGGAUUAUUCAUCGUCCACAGUCCCAAAUUGAUGAAAAGCGUAGAAUCAAAAUGGCUCUUGAUGUGGCAAAAGGGAUGAAUUGCUUGCAUACAAGCAUUCCAACCAUAGUUCACCGGGAUUUGAAGUCACCAAAUUUGUUGGUUGAUGAAGAUUGGAAUGUCAAGGUAUGUGAUUUUGGGCUGUCACGCUUAAAGCAUAACACAUUUUUAUCAUCCAAGUCAACAGCUGGCACGCCUGAGUGGAUGGCACCUGAAGUUCUGAGGAAUGAAAAUUCAAAUGAAAAGUGUGAUGUGUAUAGCUUUGGUGUUAUAUUGUGGGAACUUGCAACUCUAAGAUUGCCUUGGAGUGGGAUGAACCCAAUGCAGGUGGUGGGUGCUGUUGGCUUCCAAAAUCGCCGCCUUGAAAUCCCUAAGGAUGUCGACCCAUUAGUCGGACGAAUAAUCUGGGAGUGCUGGCAAACGGAUCCAAAUUUAAGACCUUCGUUUGCUCAACUCACAGUAGCCCUAAAGCCAUUGCAGCGAUUGGCAGUUUCUUCACAAAUUGAUCCAGACAUUUGAGUGAUAUCUUCACCCUACCUCACCCCAUGUUUCCGGAUGUUUAUGAAACGAGUACAUAAUAGGGUGACAAAGGGAUGAAAGAAUAUCUAUAUACAGUUAGUGUUCAUAAUUUUGAGUGUAUGUAAAUAUGAUUCAGGAUUACCAUAAACAUUUUGCAACCUUUUCUUCAUGUUUUGUGACACUUUCGAUAUUGGUAAAAUGAAAGUUGAUCUUUUUUGAGCAA